CCCACCACCACCCCUCAGCACCCGCGUGAAGCUCACGCUGCGCGACCUCGCUCUCCUCCAACCUGCGGCGCGCAGCCGUGAGCAUCUCACGCCCGCCCGCCUGUGCAGACCGCCGCUCGGCCCGCCCGUGGUCGCGCACCGAACCCUUCCGGUGUAGACGCGCAACAGCGCGCAGACCGCCUCCUCCACCCUCACGAUGGCCACGGUCGCGCGCCUUGCUCGCGCCUCGCGGCCCCUCGCGUGGCGCAGCGAAGGCAUCGGGGCCCUGCGCCCGUCGCUCCAGCUGCGCCGCCCUCUCCCGCCGUCGCGCGGCCUCUUCGCAGCCAACACGCACGCCGUCGUGGCGCGUGGCAUGCACGUUCGCGCUCUGAGCUUCAGCUCCGUCCCACGAGCUGCUCUGCGCGCCUUCCGCGUGCCUGCGUACGCUUUUGGCGCAGCAGGAGGCGCCCUGGCGUACGCCAACUACAAGGUCGAUGAGUUCCGCGGCUUCCUCGGCGACGCCUUCUCGCGCGCGAGCUCGAGCGCGAGCGAGGCUGCCGGCGCCCUCGGCACCAUGUCGAGCGAGGCGCUGGCCUCGGCUCAGGACACCCUCGCUGGGCUCACUGCGCGGCUCGAGUCCAUCGAGGGCCCCGAGCUGCCUGCGUCGCUCAAGUCCUGGUGGGCCUCGGUGCAGGCCAAGGCUGCCGCCCGCGCCGAGGCGGUGGAGCAGGAGGAGCUGGCACAGCGGGAGCGGCAGCAGUCCGGCGGCAGCAGCGGCGGCGCGGGUGGCGGGCCGGGCAGUGGCGCCGGAGCUGCUGCGCUUGCCGCGACAAGCGUCAGUGCUGCGGUAGCCAACGCCGACUCCGGCGAGGAGGGCGUGGCGAGCUCGACGGCCGAGCUGCAGAUGCUCACGCGCAAGCUGAUCGAGGUCCGCAACAUCCUCAAGUCCAUCGACCACGCCGACGACACGCUCACGCUGCCGUCGAUCGUCGUCAUUGGCUCGCAGUCGUCGGGCAAGAGCUCGGUGCUCGAGGCCAUCGUCGGGCACGAGUUCCUGCCCAAGGGCAACAACAUGGUGACGCGGCGCCCCAUCGAGCUCACGCUCAUCCGCACGGACGCCGACGGCGGCGGCGCGCCCGUCGAGUACGGCGAAUUCCCGGGGCUGGGCCUCGGACGCAUGACCGAUUUCCGCGCGGUGCAAAAGACACUCUUCGAGCUCAACAUGGCCGUGCCCGCGGCGCAAUGCGUGUCGGACGAGCCCAUCGAGCUGCGCAUCUACUCGCCGCACGUGCCGGACCUGACGCUCAUCGACCUGCCGGGCUAUGUGCAGCUGGCCGGGCUCGACCAGCCCGACGAGCUGCGCGAGAAGAUUGCCGGGCUGUGCGACAAGUACAUCCGCGAGCCCAACAUCAUCCUCGCCGUGUGCGCCGCCGACGUCGACCUGGCCAACUCGCCCGCGCUGCGUGCCAGCCGCAAGGUCGACCCGCUGGGCCUGCGCACCAUCGGAGUCGUGACGAAGCUCGACCUCGUUCCGCCGGAGGAGGGCGCUGCGAUCCUGCGCAACAACAAGUAUCCGCUGGCGCUCGGCUACAUCGGCGUCGUGUGCCGCGCCAAGCUUGGCGCGUUCACGAGCAAGCGCGGGCACAACUCGGCGUCAGGCGAGGGCAACCUCACCAGCGCCGUGCUGCAGAGCGAAGCUGCCUUCUUCGACGCAAACGCAGAGCACUUCAAGACGGCACCCGUGCGCGGGCGCAACGCCGGGCAGGCGCCACUCGUCGGGACCGACACGCUGCGCCGCCGGCUGAUGAGUGUGCUCGAGGAGAGCAUGGGCUCGAACCUGCACUCGAUCGCCAACGCCGUGCAGCUCGAGCAGGAGGAGGCGGCGUACCAGUUCAAGGUGCAGUACAACGACCGCGUCAUCUCUGCCGAGAGCUACGUUGCCGAGACGAUGGACGCGCUCAAGCUGCGCUUCAAGGACCUAGCCGCUGGCUUUGGCAAGCCCGAGGUGCGCGCGCUGCUCCGCUCGGCGCUCGACGACAAGGUGCUCGACAUCCUCGCGCAGAUGUACUGGACCGACGGGCGCGCCAAGGAGCUCGGCGAGCUCGCUGCCAACUCGCGCCUCUCGCCCGACGACCUCGACCGCUACUGGCAGUACAAGCUCGAGGCCAGCGCGAGUGCGCUGACGAAGAGCGGCAUCGGGCGCACAAGCACGCAGCUCGUCGCCGACGCGGUCCGCGCGCACAUCGAGGGCCUCGCGUCGGCCGAGCCGUUCAACCACCACCCCGACGCGGCCGCACGCAUCGCCGGCUUUGCGAGCUCGAUCUUGCGCGAGCGCUUCGGCAUCACAUCCGACCAGGUGGAGAACUGCAUCAAGCCGUACAAGUACGAGGUCGAGGUGGCGGCAGGCGAGUGGGAAGACGGCCGGCGGCGCUCGUACGAGCUGCUCGAGCGCGAGCUGAGCAUGUGCGACGAGGCGCGCAGCAGAAUUGUCAAGACGGUGGGCAAGGCGCGCCUGCGUGACGCCGAGGCGCACGUCAAGAACCAGGACGAGCGGAGCCGCAAGGCGGCCGUGGCGCGCCUGCGCGCGCGCGAGGCAGCGGGCGAGGGCGGCUCGCCGGCGGACGAGCAGCUCGCGCUCGACGACGAGUCGGACCCGACGCGGCCGGACUACAACUCGGCGCUGCUGUCCAAGGCGCGCGAGUCGGCGUUCCUGGCGGAGCGCGCGUCCAUCCUGAAGCUGCGCCUGGCCGCGCUCAAGGCGAAGCGCUGCAAGGCCGGCCCGGACGCCAAGGCGUUCUGCCCCGAGGCCUUCCUCAACGUCGUCGCGGACAAGCUCUCCUACACGGCCGUCAUGUUCAUCAACAUCGAGCUGCUCGCCGAGUUCUUCUACCAGUUCCCGCGCGAGAUCGACAGCCACCUCGUGUACGACCUGGGCAAGGAGGAGCUCACCGCGUUUGCGCGCGAGAAUCCGGCGGUGCGCAAGCAUCUCGACCUGCAGCAGCGCAAGGAGAAGCUGGAAAUGGUCAUGGACAAGCUCGACUCGCUCGUCAAGGUGUACCAGGAAAAGCAAAUGCCCGCGCGCAACUCGUCGAGCAAGUGGGGCUUCUUCUGAGGCCCGCCUCGGCUGUGUGCUCUGCGCCUCACACGACUGGCGACGAUCUGUAUAUUACUCUGAGACGCCUGCUGCUGCACGGUAUACCACCUCUCUCACGCCG